CCCACUGUGGCGGAAGCGGAUUGGCUGGGAGGAGUCCCCGGAAGUGAUGAACGGAGUAUCCCCACGUGUGCGAGGCCACCCCACAUGGCGGUGCUUCUAAGGAGGCUGCUGCAGCCGGGGAGGCCCCCGGCGGCCUUGGGCCGCUCCCUGGGACAGCGCGAAGCCGACCUGUGCACUGAACCCGGGGCUACGGUGCGAGUGCGGUUCGCCCCCAGCCCCACAGGCUUCCUGCACCUGGGCGGCCUCCGCACUGCCUUGUACAACUACAUCUUUGCCAAGAAGCACGGAGGGACCUUCAUCCUGCGGCUGGAGGACACGGACCAGACCCGCCUUGUGCCCGGGGCCGCGGAGAAUAUUGAAGACAUGCUGGAGUGGGCAGGCAUCCCCCCUGACGAGAGCCCCCGCCGGGGAGGCCCUGCCGGGCCUUACCUGCAGUCCCAGCGGCUAGAGCUGUACGCCCAGGCCGCGGACGCUCUGGUCAGGACGGGCGCCGCCUACCCCUGCUUCUGCUCCCCGCAGCGGCUGGAGCUGCUGAAGAAGGAAGCGCUGAGGAACCGGCAGACACCCCGCUACGACAAUCGGUGCCGGAAUCUGAGCCAGCGGCAGGUGGCUCAGAAGCUGGCCAGUGACCCCAAACCAGCCAUCCGCUUUCGCCUGGACGAGGAGGCGCCGGCCUUCCAGGACCUGGUGUACGGCUGGAAUCGGCAUGAGGUGGCCAGCGUGGAGGGGGACCCGGUUGUCCUGAAGAGCGACGGCUUCCCCACCUACCACCUGGCCUGCGUGGUGGACGACCACCACAUGGGCGUCAGCCACGUGCUGCGGGGCUCCGAGUGGCUGGUGUCCACCGCCAAGCACCUGCUGCUCUACCGGGCCCUGGGCUGGCCGCCGCCGCGCUUCGCACACCUGCCCCUGCUCGUCAACGCGGACGGCAGCAAGCUGUCCAAGAGGCAGGGCGACCUUUUCCUGGAGCGUUUCGCCGCUGCCGGCUUCCUGCCGGACGCCCUGCUUGACAUGAUCACCAACUGUGGCUCGGGCUUUGCAGGUACCCGCUCCCCUGACAGGUCUCGGCGGGACCACAGCCGUGAGGCACCAGGGCUCAGACCCGCCACAAACUUAACUCAGGACACGUUGAAUGCCAAACUGAAGAAGGUCUCAGAAGGCCUGGACGGCACCAAACACAGUCACGUGAUGAAACUCCUCCGAGUGGUGCUGAGUGGACAGCUGCAAGGACCCCCUGUAGCUGAGAUGAUGGUGUCCUUGGGACCAAAUGAAGUGCGGGAACGAAUACAGAAGGUGCUUUGCAGCUGAUGGAAGCUGUGCAGGAUGGUGGAGGAGGCCUGAGGAACCUGCAUGUGUGGAGACUGCCUUAGGAGGGGAGGAGCCGGAGGCCCGGGGCCCAUCAGGAGGCGUGUGGAAGGAGUCUUGAGUGGGAGCCAUCUCCGGGUGUGUGCAGGGCGCUGUGACUCCACAGCAGGCAGGGACGCCGAGUCCCAUUGUACCUCCCUGAGCCUGGAACGUCAGUGCUUGCGUCGGCUUCUGACCCCAUGUUACAUAGCAGAGGCUCGGAGCUGGUUCACAGAACAGUCCAGAGGCUUGAGCUGCCAUCACAAAGUCCCACAGACUGCGGGGCUUAAACAACAGAAAAUUAUUGUCUCACAGUUCUGGAGGUCGGAGGUCGAAGAUCAAGGUGUCAGCAGGCUCGGUUUCUCCUGCGGCCUCCUUGGCGUGCCGAUGGCUGCUUUUUCUCUGCCCUUACAAAGCCACCUGUCUGUGCCCUUAGUAUUUCUGUGUGUCCAACUGUCCUGUUACAAGGACAGCAGUCAGAUGGGCUUACAGUCCACCCUAACGGCCCAGUUUCACCAGUUUAACCAUAAUCAUCUCUUUAAAGGCCCAGCUGCAGGUACUGGGGGUUAGGGCUUUAAUGUAUGUGUUUUGAGGGGACACAGUUGAGCUCAUCACAGCUUGGCCGCAGCCUGGACUCAUGAACCCUAGUUCUCAGGCCCCAACUGGUCUUGGAGCAAUAAAGGAUGGUUGACAAGCAGG